GAAAAAAUCGCCCUCUAUCGUCUCUAUUCCUCCGAACGCCAUCGUUAGACACGAUAAAUUCUCAAUAGAUUUGUAAAAGCGACGUCGUGUUGUAAUCAAUGCCAGUAGGUGAAUCCCGACACCCGUCGCAGUCGGAUGCGGCGGAUGAGGCACAGUGGGUAUGGGCAGAGAUCAAGGCGGAGGCCCGCCGCGACGCCGAGUCGGAACCGGCGUUGGCUAGCUACUUAUAUUCCACCAUACUCUCUCACUCCUCCCUGGAUCGCUCACUCUCUUUCCACCUAGGUAAUAAGCUUUGUUCCUCCACGUUACUGUCAACUCUGCUCUACGAUCUCUUCCUCAACGCGUUCUCCGGCGACCCUGACCUCCGAUCAGCUGCCGUCGCGGACUUACGCGCCGCCAGGUCCCGUGACCCUGCUUGCGUUUCGUUCUCUCAUUGCCUACUCAAUUACAAAGGCUUCCUUGCUUGCCAGGCUCAGCGGGUGUCUCAUAAACUAUGGACUCAAUCCCGAAAACCACUCGCCCUAGCCCUCCAAUCCCGGAUCUCCGAUGUCUUUGCCAUUGACAUCCACCCGGGUGCUAAGCUCGGGAAGGGAAUAUUGUUCGACCACGCGACAGGUGUCGUUGUGGGUGAGACCGCAGUUAUUGGCGACAAUGUUUCAAUGCUCCACCACGUGACUCUUGGUGGGACCGGAAAAGCAGGCGGCGACCGCCAUCCGAAGAUCGGAGACGGGGUGUUGAUUGGUGCCGGAGCGACAAUUUUAGGGAACGUGAAGAUUGGCGCCGGAGCAAAGAUUGGUGCGGGGUCGGUGGUUCUGAUUGAAGUGCCGCCACGAGCCACUGCGGUUGGGAAUCCGGCGAGGGUGGUGGAAGGGAAGGAGGCAUCGAAGCUUGAUGAAUGCCCGGGGAUGUCUAUGGAUCAUACUUCGUUUAUAUCAGAUUGGUCUGAUUACACUAUCUGAAUAUGUCUUAAUGGUUUGUGGACUUGUCUGAAUUGUUUGAGUGGUGCUAAAGUAUUGGUUAAUAAGGUUCAAAAUGUUUGUUGAUACAUGAUGUGUAUCAUGCAUAUAGAAAUUAGAAUGUCUAAUAAUUAUUUUUUGGUUAGAAUUUACAUAACUAUUUGGAUGGUUGCUAGGUUGCUAGCCAAAUGUAUAAACAUUAUGGGGAUGCUUGGACUUAUGGUUAUCCAAAGUGAUGAUUGGGGCUUUUA